AUGCUAACAAAAGAGCGCGGCGUAUACUUUGGUGGUUUUGGGGUUCUCAACGGCAUGCUGGUGGCUAACUACUUGCAUGCAGUGCACUUCUAUGUGGGGCCCCAGGUUCUUCCUGCUGCUUUCUUUGCUUCUGUUGCUGUCUUUGUUUGCUUCUCUGCUGCUGCACUCGUCGCCAAACAAAGGUCUUAUCUAUACUUGGGUUCUAUACUGGGUGCUGCUUUGACUUACCUUUCUUUGGCUUCGCUUAUAAAUUUUAUUUUUAGGUUUCAGCUGCUGAGCGAUAUUCUUCUAUGGGGGGGCCUCUUCAUGUACCUAGGGUUUGUGGUGUACGAUACCCAGCUAGCUGUAGCUCAAUACGAUAUGGGUGACCGCGACUACCUGCUGCAUGCGCUGCAUUUUUAUGUUAAUUUUAUUUCUAUCUUUUUGCGGCUUGUUGCUAUUCUCUCGGAGAAACAAGAAGAAAACAACCGCAGAAAAAGAGACAGACGCGAGUAG